AUGUACAUUCCACAAAAACGUCAAAAUGGCCAAACGAAUAAGAACAACAUAUUCAUUAUCUGUGCCGUGAGCAUCAUAUUUGCUGUCGCACUCUGUGUGGGCAUCUUCUUCCUCCUUCGCUAUCUACGACAACGUCACUUCGAACCGAAAUACCUGCCGGGGCAAUUUUUCAAGCGAAAAUGGAAGAAAUGGAGCCCAGGGAGUACAUCAUACGGUCAGGUCCCGAAUCAAACGGGUGGCCAAGAUACCUCGUAUCGUGGAGCUGGCACAGCACCAGAAAUGCAGGCCACUAAUGGCGUCCGCCGCGAUACCUCGAUCCGUUCGAUUAUGACCCUACCCCCUUAUUCUCAAAGUCCAAAGCCGACCGAGCAAGUCAUCGCCCGAGAGGGUGAACGCGGUGGGAUGGAUAUGGUCGUGGAAUACCCCGAAACUGCGGAAGAACAGGAAACUCGCCGUGAAGAACAGAUGGACUCGAUGUACCAGAUUCGCCUGCAGCGCCGUCAGGAACUAGCCGAUCGUGAGGCACGACGUCGGGAGCGACGAGAAGCCCGGGCGCGUGGGGAUUCCGCUCGUCUUGAACAGUUGAAUGCGGAACGUCGCCGCGCAGGAACCAACAGUGCAGUCAGCGCAAGCGCGAUCCUCGCCGAACAUCAGGCGAGAGAGCGGGACCGACGGAUCUCUAGUGUUAGCUAUGCUGAACUUGGGCGUGUUCGCCACGAUGGAUCACGGCUUCGAGCCGACUCGCACAAUUCUGACAACCACGAUUCGGAUAGCCGACCGCUGUUGCAAGGUGACGCUGUUAGCUCCACCGCGCAAUCGUUCGAGCCAUCCAGCGUCGACUCUCGAGGCCAGUCUGGUGCUUCCUCGUUUAUGAGCGAAUCGCAUAAUUCAACUGAGCUUGAACGACUAACUCUGGCUCCGACCACGACACAAGGCUCAAGUCGACCAUUAUCACAAACCGACGACGGAGAUUUGGGGAUGCUCAACAUUCCUCCACCCCCCGACUAUGAGUACCUGGACUGGGGUGAUGCCCCUGCGUAUCAAAGUCCUGUUACAGAACAGAAUGAACAAGCGCGGCAGCUCCCACCCAUCGACCGUUUGCCUUCGAUCCACGUCAAUUUGCCCAGUCCCAUGACUGUGUCUCCUGUUACCCCGACUCAAUCUCAAUUCCAGAGUAUCAACAUCGAUGGACCUCCAACGCCGACAGAGCGGUCACCGGGAAUCCGAAUGGUUUCAGCGGGAUCAACAACGUCAACAACGUCAACAACGUCAACAACUACCACCCGGGGUCCACCACCCAUACUGCCCGAUUCGACCACCACUCCUGAAAGCAGCCAUUGA